AGCAAAGCUGUCUUCCAGAGAAGCAUCUACAUAAUCCCAUCCAUCCCGAUGGUGGAGUCGUUCAAGGCGAGCGGUAUCAAGGGCCUCUACUCUGCCCAGGGACUCCAGAACGCAUGGUUCGAACCAGCAGACAAGUACACCACCAACUUGAACGCGCUAAUUUCGCACGAGGAAUCAUCGGACUUUUUGAAGACCUUCCCAGCAUUGAGCACCAUUACCAGCCAAUUUGCAAAGAACGCUAAUGAGCUUGCCGUUUACAAUAACGCAACCUACUUGACGAACCUCCAGUUCUGCAUGGAAGCGUUGAAUGAAACCAGAGUUCUCAACGUCGACCAUAGCACACUCGUGUCUAAGCCAAACGCUGGUGCCUUGUUGAAGUCAAACAACGGCACCUAUACCAACACGCCGAUAGAGAACGGCGACUUGCACGAGUGGAUCGUUGAAUCGUUCGGCUCUCUUGAGGAAUUUAGAACCUUGUUGCUUAACCAAGCCCACGCCAUCAAGGGUGAUGGGUUCACAUGGUUGGUUGCCAACAAUGCGUCUGGCGACGCCAAGAGAAUGGAUUUGGAGAACUUGUUUGUGGUCAACACCUACAACGCUGGUGUUCCGGACGACAAUGUGCGCGGUGGCCAAAUGAACAAGUUGGCCGACCAACAGAAGGAAACUAAGCCACAGCAGGAGGAUAUCAAGAGCAUCGACGAGGAGGCUUUGGACCGCGCCAUGGAGACCAUUGGGACCGUGGAGUCCGUUUACGCAAAGGUAAAUCAGGGUAAGACCAACUACGUGCCUAUUUUGUGUCUCAAUGCGUCGCCAAAGGCAUAUUUGGCCGACUACGGUGUGUUCGGCAAGCGCCAGUACUUGGACAACGUCUGGGAGUGCAUCGACUGGGAGGUGGUUGAGAGAAGAGCCCCUUCCAGAGAGAAAAGAAGCUCGUCCUACAUCUAAGUAGGCGGCUCAUACAACGGUAUGCCUGUAUAUACAACAUGAUAAUUUCGCAUAAAUCUCGGUAGUAUGGGCUAAAACAAGGGGCACGAAACCGACCUUGUUCCAUAUCCAUGUGGCUUGGUUUAGCCAAUAGGAAUCAGGGCCGUAGCAGAGGAACGGCGAAAACGAUUUCUGAUUCUAAAAGCACCAUUUAACGCCAAUUACCAUUUGAUUACAGUGCUUGCACAAUCAAGGCUAUAUCUUCUUCAUCGUAGUUAUUGAUUCC